UGAUAUUAUUUUAAGAAUUAUGCGUGAAAGCAAAAAUGUCUUUAAAACUUAUACAUAUUGGAGUUUUCGUUAUUCUCGUACUCAUGUCCGUAGUCCACAAUAUCGAGAUUGAGUCAAAUGAAUCAAUUUUUUCUGAGAUUUCAAGAAACAUAUCGUUCGUGAAUAAUCUACUACAAGAUUUGAUGAAAAAGUACGAACUACUUAAACAUUUAACUCACACAGAGACAGAUGAAAUCAGCCACAACCCGAAUAAGGAGUUAAAUGAAUUCAUCAAAAUGGAGUCACAUUUUAAAAUCAGAGCAAAAGAUAAGAUAAAAGAGCCAGAGACUCUUAGUGCAACUGAAUCUUAUACAGAUAAAUCAACUGAAGACAAUGUCAGUGGGAUACAUAAGAAAAAAACCCUAAAAGGAAAGAAAAUUAAUCAUCCAGGAGAUACUAAGGGCCAGUUAGGAUACCCUCUCAAAUUAGUAGGUAAAACUUUAUUCUUUAGUGAUGAGUCAUCUGAAAAGAAUACGAAUGAGACACAUUACAAAAGGACGCCAAAGGAAAAAAAAGUUUUUGGUACAAAGGACAGUGUUUCAUCAGAUUCGCAAGAAGAUACAUUUUUAACAAAAAAAUCUCAAAGUUCAACAGCACAAAGGAAAAUUAAAUUAAAAGAAAACAUUAAGCACAAAAAGAUAACAACUCCAAAAGAUUAUAAAUAUUUAGAUGACGAAAUACUAAAAGAUAAUCAAAAAGAAAGUGAAGAUACGGGAAAUGUAAAAAAAGUGUUAGUGAUCCAUUUAGAUAGUAAUAAGUCUCCUAAUGUGAAUCAACUACGAACAUCUAAUCCAAAUGAAGUGAAAAUUCCGUCAGAAAAAAAUAAGCAACGAACAACGGAGUCAACAACUCAUAUGUUAAAAUUGGAUAACACAGACGACUCCAAUUCAGAUUUAGAAGAUCACAAAGCGAUGCAAGAAGUAAUUUCGAGAGCGCAUACACUACGAGAAGCCCUCGGUGAUGCUUGCAUCCUACUUGUCAUUAAGAAAUGUAAAAAAGCAUUAAAAAAUGUCCUAAAAGAUAUCUGCAAGAAGGAUAGAAAAUGCGCAAGUAAUUUCAAUAAUGAUUUUACUGAAAACGGCAUUGCUGCUUGUGACGAGGAAUUUAAUAAACCCAACGGAAAACCAAGUCAAAAUGUUCGCCAUGAUAAGUAUUUUAGAGAUUAUGAUAAUGACGAUUCAGAAAAUGAUGAUCACGGUCAAGAUGACUAUGAGGAACUAACUGGAGCCAAAUUCGUUGACUACACACGGCAAGGGUUGUUAGACAUGACAUGUCUACAAGCUAUAAGCGAUGUUAAAAAGCCCAAAAUGGCAGAAAGGACAAACCUCACCAACAUUGACGCUAAAACCCACGACGUCCAUAUACUACGUGGUAAACUCGAAAACGCUUGCCGAAAGACAUCCUUCGAUAAAUGCAAUAAAGCUUGUAAAUCGGCAAGGGACAAAACUUGCAAAAAACACGAAUGUGUUAGCGCGAAAAAGAAGGCUUUAGGUAAAAGUUGUAAAAAGCGAUGUAUGGAAAGCUACGGAUAUCAGGAAAAAAGUUCCAGUGAGAGUGACUCAGACGAAGACUCGGAUGAAGGUUCAAACAGUGAUGAAAGUAUUUAAAA